CAAGGCCACAACAUAUUUGUGGCUCAAAAACCUUCUCACAUGCUGAUGUGGCAUCCACCUUUCUCCCACAACCCCCUAUAUUUUUCAAACCUAUUCCUACCAAGACUUCUGCCACUUCCCCACUUAGAUUUUUACACUCAACAUCUACCUUUCUCCACCGCCGGCAACCACCACCCUCAUGACGGAUCCCGGUAUCAUACUGUUUGGGAAAAAGAUCGGGUCUUUGGAAACCCCCAAGAUUUCCGAUUCUCCCCCCUUCGCCGUCGCUGAUGGUGGUGAUAAUGGUUUUCCGACGGACGACAGUCCCAAAACUCCUUCUAUCGAUGAAGACGAUUCGCCGGAGAAACACCAAACCACCGGAGGUCUAAAGAAGCCUGACAAGAUUCUCCCUUGUCCUCGAUGCGAAAGCAUGAACACCAAGUUUUGUUAUUACAACAACUCGAACGUCAACCAGCCACGCCAUUUUUGCAAGAGUUGUCAGAGGUACUGGACUGCCGGAGGCACGAUGAGGAAUAUGCCGGUUGGAGCAGGUCGCCGGAAGAAAAAGAACACUUCAUCGGAUUGUCGUUUUAUUAUCUCUCACGAAGCUUUUGAUGUGGGGCCUCAGAUUGAAUUCGCUGCUGAGAAUUCCGACGGAGUUUACAAUACUUCUCGUCAACCAAAAGUUCUUUCCUUUACUCCGAAUUCGCCGAUAUGUAGAGGGAAAGAAAGCGGAGACGAUUGUUCUAGUGGAACAACCACCGUUGUUUCUUCCAAUUCCGUUGUUGAGAAACCACAGGAGAAUAACGGAUUCCAUUCUCAAGUUCAUUGGAUUCCAGGGACUCCAUGGUCGUAUAAUCCAUGGGUUCCAAUGCAGAUUCCGACGGGAUACCCUCCGAUUCCAUUCUACCCUCCGCCGUACUGGAAUUCCGUUUCCUGGUUACCUCCGGCGACCUCUGCUCCAAACUAUUCAAUCCUAGGAAAACAUUCAUCAGAUCGGGAAUCAAUUAACCCAAUUGAGGAGCCGAAGAAACAGAAGAAUUCGAUUCUAAUCCCGAAAACGCUUAGAAUCGAUGAUCCAGAUGAAGCUGCGAAGAGUUCUAUAUGGGCAACCCUCGGAAUCAAGAACGAAAACUGUAGCAGACGAGAUCUCUUCAAAGGGUUUGAAGCAAAAGGAGAUGAAAAGAAGAAACAACCGAUCACAGAACCUUCGUUAUUAUUACAAGCAAAUCCUGCUGCGUUUUCAAGAUCGCUUUGCUUUCAGGAAAGAGCCUAAUGUGAUUUGUGUGAAUACGAUGUUAAAAAUCAGUAUAAUAUAAUAGGAGGGAAUAGCAAUAGGGUUAAUUUGUUUUUGUUUUUUUUUUUUUUUUUAUAGUUUUAGUCUUUUAGAUGUUCAGAUUUUUGUAAAUCUUUUGUUGAACUUUGAAUGAUAAUCAAACAGGAUGAACAUUUCUAUACAAGAAAACUGUUAAAGUGUUGA